AAAAAAAAAAAAUCUGUAGUUCCUGAAUCAAUGGAGACCAAAUCGUCAAUGUAUCUUUCUCUGUUACCACUUUGGUUCCUCUGCUUCAUCAUCAUAAACUUGGUCUCAUCAUCAUCAUCAACAAGGUAUGAUGAUCAUAUCCCACUGAGAGAGACUAACGAAGAAGAAGAUGUCCAUUUCCCUAAAAACUUUCUCUUUGGCACUGCUUCUUCUGCUUACCAGUAUGAAGGAGCUUACUUAAGCGACGGCAAAACCCUCAGCAAUUGGGACGUUUUCACAAACAUCACUGGAAAAAUCGCAGAUGGAAGCCAUGGGAAAGUCGCUGUUGAUCAUUACCAUCGAUAUCCGGAAGAUUUGGAUCUGAUGGAAGAUCUUGGAGUUAACAGCUAUCGAUUUUCUUUAUCGUGGGCUCGGAUACUUCCAAAGGGACGAUUUGGAGAUAUGAACAUGGAAGGUAUUUAUCAUUACAACAGAGUGAUCGAUGCUAUUCUCAAGAGAGGGAUCGAACCAUUUGUCACGUUGACACAUUAUGACAUUCCUCAGGAACUCGAAUAUAGAUACGGAAGCUGGCUAAAUCCUCAAAUCCGGGAAGAUUUUGAACACUACGCAGAGAUUUGCUUCCGAUACUUUGGGAACAGAGUUAAGUUCUGGUCUACCUUCAACGAACCAAACGUUCAGGUGAUUUUGGGUUACCGGAAAGGGACUUACCCGCCAUCACGUUGUUCCAAGACUGUCGGAAACUGCACACGUGGCGACUCCGAGAUAGAGCCACUUGUUGCCGCUCACAACAUUAUCCGUUCACAUCUAGCCGCCGUCAGUAUAUACCGGACAAAAUAUCAGGAACAACAAAGAGGAAAGAUCGGUAUUGUUAUGAACGCGAUCUGGUUUGAACCGGUUAGUGAUGCUUUAGCAGAUAGAUUAGCUGCUGAGAGAGCUCAAGCUUUCUACUUGACUUGGUUCUUGGACCCGGUUGUGUUUGGAAGAUAUCCAAGAGAAAUGCAAGAAAUAUUUGGAGAAGAUCUUCCUCAAUUCACAAAGGAUGAUCUUAAGAGCUCCAAGAAUGGAUUAGACUUCAUUGGGAUUAAUCAGUACACUAGCAGGUACGCGAAAGACUGUCUACAUUCCGCAUGUGAACCGGGCCAAGGAGGUUCGAGAGCUGAAGGUUUUGUCAAUGCAAAUGCUCUUAAAGACGGUUUAGCUUUAGGAGAACCGACAGGAGUAGAUUGGUUUAAUGUUUAUCCUCAAGGAAUGGAAGAGAUGUUGAUGUAUGCAACAGAGCGAUACAAAAACAUUCCUUUGUAUGUGACAGAAAACGGUUUUGGUGAGAAUAAUACUGGAGUUUUGGUAAAUGAUUACCGGAGAGUGAAGUACAUGAGUAGCUAUUUAGAUGCAUUGAAAAGAGCAAUGAGGAAAGGUGCAGAUAUAAGAGGGUACUUCACAUGGUCUUUACUGGACAACUUCGAGUGGAUAUCUGGUUAUACCAUAAGGUUCGGUCUAUACCAUGUCGACUUCAAUACUCUAGAGAGAACCCCAAGACUCUCGGCUUCUUGGUACAAGAACUUCAUUUUCCAGCACAGAGCUCAAUCCCAAAACGAUGAUGCCUGAAAACAAAAGGAAGACCCGUAUUGUUGUAAUCCAACGUUAUCGUUUAUAUAUCA